AUGUCGCCCCUCAUCCACAAUCUAACACCGGACGAAGAGGUCCCAAUCCUCAUUAUCGGAGGCGGACCAUCAGGUCUUCUACUUGCUUUCCUUCUUGAACAACUGAACGUCCGAUGCUUGGUCAUCGAGCGAUACCCAACAAGAUUAGCAGCCCCUAAAGCGCACGCCCUCUCUCCAAGAUCUCUCGAAUUUUGCCGCCAGGCCGGACUAGACGUGAAUGAGAUCCGCAGCAUUGGAAGUCCCCGUGAAGAUGCGUACUGGGUGAACUUCGUGACCAGCUUAACUGGUAAGCAGGUUGGUCGGCUCCCCUACGAAAGAAUGGACAAGGAGGUUCUUAACGAUACUCCAACGGCAAGUCUUCUUCAACUAGUAGUAGAGAGGUAUCACGACAUUAACUGGCUUCAGAUGAUCCAUAAUAUUCCACAGCCUGCAUUUGAGGAUAUCAUCGCGAAGAAAUUGUUAAAGACUGGUUUCGUUGAGGUUCGAAAGAAUCAUUCGACCGUGCCGCGAAAAAAAGAGUACAAGAUCAAAUCCCGACAUGUCAUCGCGUGCGAUGGUGCCAAAAGCGCCGUGAGGAGAUAUCUUGGUAUUACAAGCGAAGGCGAAGAAGCCACUGAAACUAUGAUGACGAUUCACAUCAAUGCUGAUCUGAGACCUGUGAUCAAAGAGCGAGUCGGUAUGCUUCAUUGGGUUAUGGAUCCCCAAGUAUCCGGAUUCAUCAUCGGCUAUGAGCUGUCCGGUAAUCAAGUUUUGAUCUGUAAUUUCGAUUCCAAGAAGCAUCCCGUGGACUCAUGGGAUGAAGGACAUUGCCGAAAAGUCGUGGACGCGGCAUUCGGCGUCAAGGUACCAUACGAUGUGCUCAGCUUCCGUCCAUGGCUUCUAAGUCGGAAGGUAGCACAUUCGUAUCGUGCUGGUCAAGUCUUCCUGGCUGGCGAUGCUGCGCAUUCAUUCCCGCCUACCGGCGGUCUCGGUCUGAAUUCCGGCCUGGGCGACGUGCACAAUCUUGCAUACAAGCUCGCUGCAGUCCAUCACGGAUGGGGUGGGGAUGACCUCCUCGAUACCUACCAGGCUGAGCGUCGCCAAGUUGCUCUCAUCAACUCAGAGCAAAGUGUGAAGAAUGGCAAGCAAAUAUUCGGCUUGCUGAAGGCACUCGGCACUACGGAUCCAGAUGUGGAGGUUUCUAGAAAGAAUCUCUAUCGCAAUAUUCAAGAUCCUGAGGCUAUGGUUGAUAUAAACAAGGGAAUUGAAGGCCAGCGUGAGCAUUUCGAUAAUCUGGGACUCCAUAUCGGUUAUGUGUAUGGCGAUACGCAAGUCCCGAAGAACGUUUCGCUGUUCAAGUCGUCAUGUGUACCAGGUGCCCGACUACCACAUGCCUGGAUCGAAGUGCUGACUGGGCAACUGUCACUACCUGCCAUUAAUUCUUCAUAUGUGCGGGAGCUAUCGAUUGAGCAAAUCUCUCAGAAGCGAUUUUCUACGUUGGACCUGUGUCGUCUUGAUGCUUUUACCCUCCUAGUUGAUGAGGGAAAUGCCGCCCAUUUCAAGUCCUCUGUCCAAAAGCUCUUUGAAAAUCUCCCUAAACAUGUCGCUAAGGUUCUAUCUCUGCGACUUGCGGUGUAUGGUGUUGAUUUUGCUCUCCAGCCUGGGGUGGAAAAUGCUCAGUGGUUCGACUUGAUGGGAUUAAAGGGUCAUGCGGUGCUAGUUCGCCCAGAUCAGCAUAUCUUGACUUGUCUUCCAACAGAUUCAGGACCGGAAGAAUUGCUACAAUCGUUGAAGAAUCAUUUGUCGUGGUGA